GCCAUGUGAUGCUGGUGAUAGAAGCGCCAGAGCGCAUCAGCGCCAACUCGGAGCUUGCUCAGUUCCUGGAGCCAAUCUGGCCCACCGACGGCGCAAAGGAGAUCUGGAAGCUGCGCACUGCGGAGGCCACUCGAAGCAACGAAGGCCUGCACGAGUGCGACCUCCUCAUGAGGAUCGACUGCGACACACACCAGCUGGUCCUGAUCGGCGAGUUUGGCAACGGCCAGGUGGAUUUCUGCAACGAGGUCGUGGACCUGUGGCAGUGCCCGAGGCAGCUGAGGGCACAGCUGCACACCAGGCUCGUGGAGUCAGUGAUUCGUGAGAUGCAGCUACAGGGGCGAAGCUGGAGCUGGACCACAGCUGCCCGCGCGGUGCUCCGGAAUCCAGAGUGCCUGACAGACUGCGGCGACAAGGAGCAGCUUCUGCGGGAGAUCAUCGAGUGCUGGGCGGCCGACCCCAUCUGCACCAGCGUCGUGAUCUGCUUCUGGCAGCGCUGCCUUGUCCAGCUUGCCGACGCCGCCAACAGCUGCUCCCCGAACGGUGUGCCCCAGGUUGAGCCCGUGGACCUCAUAUUGAAGUGGAUGCCUCUGAAGGCUGACCGGAGUCUGCCCGGGAUCCUGCUGGAGACGAUGCGGCGGUGCGGCUGGACUCGCAGGACCACCCUGCGAGUGGGCGACAGCCGCAACAACAACUGGGGCGACGUGGAGCAGGUGGUCGUGUUCGGACAGGCCCCGGCGCCGCCCCAGUCUGCCGCUGCCACCCCGGCGCCGCCACAGCCGCCGCCCAGACCGCCGCCGCCCCAGGCCGUGCAGCCCCCCGGACCAGUGAGGACGCACUCCGGGCCGCAGCAGUCGCCAGUGGCGCCCAGAUACUGCAGCUCGCACAACUCCAGCGGCAAGCGCGCCAAGUGUGCCGCCCACCCGCGGCAGUGCGCCAGCUGCAAGACGGAGGUGCAGACAACUUAUGCGGAGUUCGCCCUGUGCCCCCCAUGCUCGGAGAGAAGGCAGUGCUGCAUGAUCUGUGGCACGAAGUCGGAACAGCGCGGCGAUUACGUGCCGCCCUCGCGUCUGGACGCCCACGCGCCGUGCCCAGAACACGCGGCGGGCCGCGUGAAGGUGGAGUACCACCCGGAGAGGAGGGCCGGCACCGAGAAGGAGAGGACGCCUCGCCGCACCGAGUUGGAGCCUCCGCAGGUGGCGCCUUACCUGCAGACGUGGCUCCGCUGGCAAUGCUCCCGCCGAUGGUGCCGCCCAGGUAUUGCCAGGCGCACAACGCCAGCGAGAAGCGGGCAAAGACGACGGCCCAGUACCGCGAGUGCCCCUGCUGCAACGUCGUA